CGCCAGCCCCUGCGUUUGCGUGUGCGUGUGUGCGUGCAAAUUUGCGUGCGUCUCUUUGCGUGCGUUUUGAUCUACUGUGAUUUGAGUGAGAAAAAUAGAAGGCGUGAUGGGCGUGCUGGAGGAUGUCAGGUACACGGGCGUGGGUCACUCUGAGGGCGCCACACGCUGCGUUACCUACACCCUGUUCACUCUCAACGUUGUAUUCAUCGUUCUGGGCGCGGCAAUGGUGUCUUUGGGGUUCUGGAUCACCCUGGACACCACCUUCAAGUACUGGGUCAUUGAUCUGGGCAUGGAGCACUACUGGAUAGGAGUCUACAUUUUAAUGGGGGCAGGAGCGUUGGUUAUGCUUCAAUCCUUUUUCGGUAUAUGUGGAGCCUUCCAGAGACGGAUUCACAUGCUGGUGGCGUUUAUGGUGUUGCUAGUGUUGUGCCUGUGUCUGGAGCUGGCGGGGGCUGGCUACAUGCUGGCUAACGGGAUCAGAGCCUCUAACAUCGAGCCCUGGCUACAGACAAAGUUUCUGCAGCUCAUUGACGCUUUCGACCACGAUGAAGGUUCGGCCCGCAUCAUGAACAUCGUACAGGAGUGGGUAGGGUGCUGUGGUGCUAACGGCGCGCUGGAUUACGUUCGCUGGCACAAAGUGAUUCCCUCCACCUGCUACAACCCAGUCACUGGCAACGCUUGGUACGUCCAAAGUAACGGAUACAUGGGGUGUGUUCGAGGCUUCACCAUGUAUCUCGAGAAAAUGUCCGGUUGGAUCGCAGGUGUGGCUUUGUUCCUCGUUUUCUUCCAGGUGUUGGGUCUCGUGGCUGCCUGGUGUUUGAUAAGUGUAAAAUACAAUUACAGAGACCAACAGAACGAGGCUGACUUAUAUUCUCGACGUAAGUGAGAGAGAGAGAGAGAGAGAGAGAGAGAGAGAGAGAAGGGUAGUGGUAUAAUAAUGUUAUGAUUUCUUCAGACUUGUUGGCCCCCAUUAGAUGUUCUCUUAACCCCUUCAGUAGCAUGACGCGUUUCCCUAUUCCUUCUGGUGACUAUUUGGUGAUUCUCUACAGCUUCAGAAACUCAUGUGGGGGGUUAAAAUAGUGAAGACUGUGGCCAUUAAUCUU